CACCUCCUUGUCUUUGUGUCUUCCAGCUGGCAGACAGUAGCUUCUCCAAAUAUUGAACAUAAGCUGAACAUAGAUAAGUCUGAGAGGGAUAUUUUGGGAGCAGUCAAGAGGAUUUUCACAAAGUUCGCAAUCAGAAUGUGCUACUGAAACAGGCUCGAGCAAUGGAGUCUCCAGAGUUUUCCAUGCUGUCGUCUUUGAGGGGAGAGUUUAAAUCAGAGGAUUACAUCCAGCCCCACUACAAGGAGUCAUAUCGCCUGGCGAUUGAUCGCCUGGUGAGCGGUGGCAGAGACAGUUACCAGGAGUUCCUCAAGGGAGAACGUAUCGGGAGCUUCCUCUCAGAGGAUGAGCUUCUCUUCAUCACUGCAAAUGCAGAACAGCUCCCACCUCGGAACCACACAGAGGACAUCGGUGGUCCACCGGACAACCAAUCAUCCUCAGGGACCUACUGGCCCAUCCACUCGGAUGUGGAGACGCCAAAUUUGGACUUAGGGUGGCCAGAGGUCAUGCAUGAAACACUACAGACAAAUAUAGAUCUGCUCUUCCAUCCACCAAGACAAAACAGCCCCACCAUCAAAGAGGUGAUUCGGAAGCAUAUUCAGGAUGCAAGACAGGUUAUUGCCAUUGUGAUGGACAUGUUCACUGAUAUCGAUAUAUUCAGAGAAACUGUUGAUGCCUCGAUACGAGGAAUCCCAGUCUAUGUGCUUUUGGAUGAUUUCCACUUGAAGAGUUUCCUCACAAUGGCUGAAAAUCAAGAUGUAAAAAUUCAACAACUCAGGAACAUGAGGGUGCGCACUGUGAAAGGUCAGCAUUACCUCUGUCGAUCAGGAACUAAAUUUCAUGGCGCAAUGGAGCAGAAGUUUCUUUUAGUCGACUGCCACACAGCGAUUUAUGGCUCAUACAGCUUCACAUGGUCAUUUGAGAAGAUCAAUCUGAGCAUGGUGCAGGUCAUCAAAGGUCUUUUGGUGAAGUCAUAUGAUGAGGAGUUUCGAACACUCUACGCCCGGUCAACUGUGCCAGCCGAACUGUGCCCCCCGGAGGGCUUGUUCCAAUGCACGGGGCUAAAUGGACGGCAGAUGUUGCCAAAAUCUCAUUCUGCCCAAAAAAUUGAGCGGAGGGACCAGUUGAGGCACACGCUGGACAUGGUCUAUCGGAAGACCUGUGAGAGGAAACUGGGCUUGAGAGAACUUGAAGGAAGGCUCUUUGAAGAGGAACCUAAUAAGCUCAGGCCCUUGAUUAAGGAUGGGAUCGGUGUUCAGAACCAGAUGUCCAAUUUUCAGUCUUCACAGGAAAUGACCUUCUUGAAAAGGCACAGCUAUGCAGGGGAGAGACAAGAUGGAAUUAUGCCCCAGAACAUCAGGCCCAGAGCGAGCAACUGGAAUAUCUCCAGAGAAACGGGAAAUGGAACAAGAAACUAUCCCAUGGACAAUUAUUUACAAGUGCCACAGAUAUACAAAGGUCAAAACAUGCGUCAGUCUUACAAUGGCAGUGACAAACAGGUUCUGUCCAUGCAGAAGAAUAUGCCAACACUGGAGAAUACGUCCAAGUCGUUCAUGCGCACAUUGCGGAUCGAGUCUUACCUCAAAAACCCUGAUGUCCCAUUCGGAGACUCUUGUGACUAUUUAGACCAGUUUGAACCAAUGGACAAGGCUGGCUCCUUUAUGCAGGGAAGAAUGAGGUCUUCCCUUGUUUUCAGGUCCACCAUACAGGAGCAAAUGGAGCCAAAUAGACACACAAACAACACUCCCACUAGUGUUAAUGCAAGCUAUGGUCCAGGGAGAAACUCUUACCAGCCUGUAUAUGCCAACUUAGCCAAUGCUAAAGGUGGACAGAUGAUCACAAACCCUGACAUCCUGACAGACAGUUGGCACAAAAGGCAUAGCAUGGCAGAUCCAAGAUCAAACACUGAGUACACACAUGAAUCCUCCGGUCACAUGUAUGGAGCUUUUGUAAGGAUGCAACUAAAUAGGAGCACAGCGGAGAUCAAUACACAGAAUGGCUCAAAUCUGACUGAGGAUCAAAGAUCUGUCUCUCAUUAUGACGUCAAGAGUAUCACAGGCACAAAGGGACCCAGGACUCCCAACUGGCAGGAGCCACCAUCCAGGAGUGUGUCUGCAGCAGCACUGGAUGUGAAUAGCAAGGAUGUGACAGCUAAAUCCAACAGCAAAGGCUGUCCACAUUUUCUAGAGAACGACUCCAAGAAAAUAAAAUCCUUAUUGAACAUACCGAAAAAAGAGGAUUCAGUUGGAACAAUGGAAACAUUUAGUCUCAAUUCAGGAGGCAGCACAGACACUAUAACAGCUGAGGAUGAGGAGAAAACAUCAGAUGGAGGGGGAAAACUUCACCAAAGCACAACCAACUCGGCCGGGUGCCCCUCAGAACACCAGAGGAACCGGUUAGCGGACCACUAUCUACACUCUUCAAAACCUCGAUUCACAACGGAGGAGCGCCAACAUCCACUGCAGAAAUCUCUUCCUAAAACAACCACAAAGAAAAACCCCACCAUUCUUGACGCAGGCAGCUGGAGCAAAAAUCAAGGAGCUGAGAAUCGCCUGUACAGCAGAUUUGAGCCUUUCUGCGCAUAUGAAAAGAAACAGUCUCUGUGCACUGCACACAGCUUUGGAAACACACACUCUCAGGAAAAAAGAAGGCUUCCCCGAGGGGAGGCAGCUACUGAGCACAGCCCCCGAGCUGCACGAGGACACCAUGAAAAUAAGCUGGAGAAAUUCUUUCAAAGAAUGGGAAAUCUCAUAUACAAGAACAAGUAGUGACCACUGCGUUACCAUAACACAUAGUCCAAACCGGUCAAUUAUUAUGAAUGCACAAUUGAUUGGUAAUGUUUAUAUUUGUAUUGCUAGAAUUUCUUUCUGUGUUUACUUUGGAAAAAGUCUUUUAGCAAACACUGUUUACAUUUUGACCACUGCUUCUUUUAUUUGAGCACUGAUGAAUGCCACUGAAAAGAGAAUACAGUAUAUUUUUCUUGAAUACAGGCUGCAGGCCUUUAUACAACAAAAUCUGAAAAUACCAUUUUCAAGCUGUCUUUGUGUCUCUCCUCCCAUGGUAUAAACCUAGGAGAUAAAUUCAAAUGCCAUCAAAAAAUGCUGUGGAUACAUUAAAUUGUGAUCCUGUCAAAAUGUCAGGGAUGUACACAAUGUAUUGCUGCAGGUGUAGGUGGUUACACAUACCAAAGUGCAGUAAUCAGAGGAUUAUUCUGCCUUUUUAUUCUCGGAAUGUCAACGUAAAGAUGUAGCAAAUGCCAACAGCAUGCAAGUUAACCACCACUCCACCUGAUGAAAAACAUACCAAUAGGUCAUUGCAUCCUUGUUGUUUAUGUGUGAGUGUUUCUGUACUAAAAUUUUGUACCAUUUUUCAUUGAGUUUCAGGAGAAACUAUGAGCACGUCUUUUAUUGAAUCUUUUAUAAAAUGUGUAACUGGAUAUUGAAAACAUACUGUAGUGACAGGGCUGGGCGGGAUUAAACUGGAAACCAGUGACAGAGGCUUUCCUCUUCAGAAGACAUCAUCCAUCCGAGGGUUUGUUUUAUGUUAUAAACAUUACGGCAAAAGUCAAUGUGUACUGUAAGCAUGGUGAAAAAUACAGCACACAAGGCCUCAGUGGCCACUCAGGGACAUUUCAAGGAUUUCAUCUUGGUAUAUGCUCCUACCUUUACUCAAGCGUUUAAGCAAAAGCAACAUGGCUUUCA